UGACACAGGACGAGGCUUAUGCAUGGCUAUUGAAUGUCACCCGCGCCUUUCCUAAACGGUGUUCAUAUCAGCGGACUUGUGUUUGAAAAGAAGUAUAGUUAUGUCAAUUCGUAACGCUGUAUGUAACACAAAGAACGUUCUAUGAUAACGUCCCUGAUAACGUGUGUGUGGAUAUGAGGACUGCCACUUACAUUUGACAGCUGACGUGACUGGACGCGAGGCAAUUCGGGUAUUGGUUCAAGUUUCAACAAUGCUGAUACUCUAUGUACUUCUUGUACCAACCAUCAUGACUGUCGAGGGCGACAGAGAUUGUGAGAGGGGGAAGUAUGGCGAGCACUGCAAACUAACCUGUCCCCAGAACUGUGCCCCUAUUCUACCAAGUAAUCUUCAGCCCUGUGACAGAGACACCGGGAAGUGUUCUGUAGGAUGUCUGAGUGGUUGGCAUGGUGAUCUGUGUGAACAAGUCUGCAACAUGAACUGUCCAGAGAAGACAUGUAACCAGCAAACUGGGCACUGUACCCUUGACUGCAAUGGAACCAACGUGGGAGUGUUUUGUAACGUCAGUCGAGAGUGUGGUCGUGGCUGGUAUGGCGAUCUGUGUCAACACCCCUGCAGCAUCAACUGUGUGGAGGAAAGAUGCAACCACGCAACUGGAGCCUGUAUACUCGGCUGCAAUGGGACUUACACAGGGGAGUUUUGCAACAAUACAAAAGCUGUGAACAGCAAGGAAGAAGCAAACAGCCUGGCUGCCGUACUCGUUAUUGUCUUCCUGACUGCAGCUGGCGCCGUCAUAGUCCCUGUCAAGGUGUUCUUAAGAUGGCGGAGAGAACAGUACAGGGCACAAGGUCAGAGUUCAGCGGAAGUGGAACAUUUUCUCCCAGAGUCAUCCAAUGAGGAGUCACCUACAAACAGGGGAGUCUUGAGUGAAAAAGAACUUGAAGAAGAGAUGAGGAAGACAGCAAAUGCUUUUGUCGCAACCAACAAUUAUGGAAUUGUGAAGCUUGCCUUAGAGACACACGGUCACGUGACGAUGGGUGGUGUAGAAGGAGAAGGAAAGAAGGACAUUGCUUUAAAGUUGGGAAAAGAGUAUCGUGACAAAGGCUAUGAGUUGGUUUAUGUUGUUGAUAUUUUGAAACUUAAGCUGCAGCAUUAUUUUGCUCAAGGGAAAAAGAUGUGUUUUAUUUUUCAUGACGUAUUGAGAACACUUGAUUUACCAAAGGAUAAAGCACCCCUCCAAAAUAUUUUGCAGAUUCUUAAGUCAAAUUUUGAAAAGCGUAAAACUGGAAACGAACACAAACUAUGUGCCAUCUUUACUGUGAACACCUACAAAGGUGAAAUACAACAGCUUGGUGAAGCAGGGGCCUGUUUCUUCAGCGGUCCUCCAUUCGUCGACUUCAAUUUGAUGUCUCUCAAGUACACUUUGGAUGACAAGAAGGCGAUUUUAGAAAAACAUUGUAAAGAUGCUACCACAACACUGGAUGUGGAAAAGAUUUGUGGAUUUGAUCAUUCUACAUUAGGCUUUAUUCGAACAUGCAAACUGUUUCCAAAGUUUCAACAGCAUGGUGAAGAGUUUUUCAAGCAUCCUUUCUACUUUCUACAACAGGAACUGAAAAUGAUUAUAGAUCGUCAGAAUGAUCAGUCAGCUGCGCUGAUCCUAAUGUUUCUGUGUCAAGGUUCACUUAACCUGCGACAAGUGGAGACACGGUCUGAAAAUCAAGCUGUCGAGGACCAUUUGACCAAAGUGCGAGAUGUUGUUCAGAUAAGAACGCGGGCGGGCGUGGCAAAUGCUGUCAGACAAUUUCCAGACGGGUUUUUAAAAGAAGGAGACAUCACAACAUUUGCACACCAAACCAUCUAUGAUGCGUGUGCUUGUGCGUUAUUCAGUCUAAAUCCCUCUAUAGUCUUGGAACAUUGCCAUAUAGCGUUUCUUAAUGAGCAUGUACAGUGUGACCAAUAUUUGGACACUUCUACAGUUGAGAAAUAUCAGCCUUCUAUCCAUGUAUCACAUGUCUACACAGGGAUCAUUGAGAAAAGACGAGCAUCAGGGAGGAAACAGAGUGGCUCCACAUUUCAGCGGGAGGACAACAGCAAUGCUGGUGUCAUGAGCAAAGAGCUACUGGCCAAAGAGAUUGCAAAGAUAGAAGAAGUAUUUGUUAAAACAGAAAACUUCAGGAAAGUGAGGGAAACAUUGGAGAAACAUGGACAUGUGACAAUGAGUGGUGCUGCAGGUGGGGGGAAGAAAUCUAUUGCUCUGAUGUUAGGGAAACAUUACCAGAAGGAAGGCUUUAAGGUGGUCCAUGUAGUGGAUGCUUCCAAGUUUAAACUGGAUGAUAAGAAAGCGCCUGGGGAAAAGGUGUGCUUCGUAUUUCAUGACAUAUCCAGGACAAUAGACCUGAAUCGUGAUAUCGAUCAUGUCAAAUCAAUUUUGGGUGAAAUUGAGAGCGGUCAAACUAAAGAUGAAAACAGAAAACGUGUGCGUAUUAUGUUUACCUUGAACACAUACGAUGACAAUGGUGGUAGAUCGCUGCUUGGUGACGAUAAAACCGUUUUUUUCAGUGAUAAGUCGUUCCUCGACUUUAACCAGAUGUCUUGUCAGCACACACCUGAAGAAAAGAAGAAGGUUUUGUCGAAGCAUUGUAAAGAUGUGGUCACCAACCUUGAUGUGGACGAGAUUUGUGGAUUUGAACAAAACAUCCUUGGCUUUCCUCAAACAUGCAAACUUUUUGCUGUGUUUCAAUGUUUUCAAAACCGCCAAGAAGAAUUUUUUCGUGAACCUUUCUGCUAUCUAAGGGAAGAAAUGAAAUCAAUUCUUGCCCAAAAGAAUGAUCAGUCAGCUGCCCUUGUCCUGAUGUUUCUGUGUGAAGGUUCAGUUAACUUGCAGCAAGUGGAACUGCCAUCUGACAACAAGGCAUUGGAGAAGCUGCUCACAGAAAUGACAGAUGUUGUAGAAAUCACAACGCGGACAGCUUUAGCCAGGGCUGUCAGACAAUUUCGUGGCAGUUUUUUCACAAAAGGAGACAUCACAGGAUUUGCACAUCCUGCCAUCUAUGUUGCUUGUGCCUGUGCCUUAAGCGAAAUCAGCCAAGCCUUUGUCCUGAAACACUGCAGUAUGAAGUUCCUUUGUGAACAUGUACAGAUCAGGGACAAAACUGUUGCUGAUAAUGUGUGUCAGCCCAUAAUCUAUGUAACAGAACACUACCGUGUUGACAUUGAAAAAAGGUUGCCAAAAUUUCCGAAACAUCAGACAUUUUAUAACACCCAAAAGCGUUUGGUGGACAACUAAUCUGGUAAUAGCCGGAUAAGAAAAAACGUGUUUGAGCCUGUGUAUGUCAGCAGUUAUAUGCAAUUAGGGUGGUUUUUCAUUGGGACACAUGCAAACAGAAUCAUAUGUCAUAUCUAGGCCAUCAUCAGGGCCUGAGAGAAGGAUUUACUGAAGGCCAAUGAACCCUGGUACAGAAUUUCCAUUGAUUGGCAUAUAUUUAUAGCAAAUAUAACUGUUCUUCAUGUGCCUAAGUCUCUACGUGACUGUGCUACAUUUGUACCUCCACCAAUGGAAAUGAGAAUAGGAUAGGAGGUACAUGCGCAUUGUUUGCUGUUAAAAAGUCUAGCUAAGGUUGAUAUCAUGGUUAUUUUUAUUGCGAAAAACGAAAAGUAAAACAUGAACGGAACACACACGCUAGGUACGUAUCCGUUAUCCAUGUAGUGAUGUCACUAGUGAUCAGGAAGGUACAUGUAUGUUAUCCAUGUAGUGAUGUCACUAGUGAUCAGGAAGGUACAUGUAUGUUAUCCAUGU